AUGAAAUCCGACACUACCCCAACAAACUGGAUGCUUGUCGUCAGCGCCGCCCUGUUGAGCGCACUGGCAGUGAGGCUUCGGUGCAGGCUGAGGCAGGCCUUCGGCGGCGACUCUUCUGGUGCCAAGAGAAAAACCUUGAGAGAGGUUUGAUUUAUUGAUCGAUCGAUCUCAGAGCCCAUGAAGUUGGUUUUUUUAUUUUUGCUCUGAAGGAUGGCCGCUAUGUACGGCUCAGGAGAUGAUGAGCCUCAUGGAAGGAGGGCCCGAGGAUGAGGAGUGGCGUCCGAAUGUGUACUGCUUCGGGAGGGGGGAUGAGGAGGACAUCCGCUGCUACUUCCACUCGGGUCCGGUGCGCGCUUGGUUUCCGGACUAUUCGACGCUCGACUCGGUAGUAAGGGAGGGUGGCGCCUGGAUCAUCGUCAUGUUUGAAUGGGGAUUAAUCAGUCAGCCAAUGACAGCUGUUUUUCUGUCUGGCUGACAAAUACCCCGGAGAAUGGCCAAUUAUCUGAUUUUAAGAAAUUUGAAUCUACAUAAAAAAAUUUAGACCAGAAAAUGUCUCGAGGGUUGACCACGAGUGUUUCAUGAUUUGACUUCGUCUCUCUCCUCUGAAUCUUUCUCUUCCCUCGAUGAAAGCCGACGGUGGCGUGUUGUUGUGUUGUGCAGGGAUAUCUGAAGCAAGAAGGGCCGACAUCAAGGCGGCACAGGCUCGCCCGUCGUGGAGCGAGGGUACAGACACGGAACUGCCCCCGGUGGCGGCACCGGCGGCGGAGCGCGUCAAGGACCGUGACGGCGGCGGCGGCGGCGUGGUGUGGCCGUCGUCGCCGGAGCGCCACGAGCACCCGCGGAGGCCGUUCCAGCAGUCGAGCGACUCGGACUCCGCGGAGGGUCAGAGUCGGGUUCCGACGGCGUGCUCCGGCGGGGGGAGGUGCAGAAGAAGCUGCGAGAGCAGCUCCGGCGGCGGGACGAGAUGAUUUCGGAGAUGCAGGCCCAGGUCGCCGCGAGGAAGCCCGCUCGGCCCACCUGCGCUCCCAGCUCGACCGCGCCGGCACGCGCCUGGCCCAGUCGAAGGGGGAGCUCCUGCGGCUGAGGGUCUUUGCCGACCGCUGCACGGCGCUGUAGCGGGAGGCAGCAGAUCUAAAACUCCUGACGAAUGGCUGGGCAAGAGUUCCUAGCUAUGGUAAAUUACGAAAUAAGUAA